UGCGGCCGCGACGAGCACAGCCCCGGUUCGGCCUCCGAAGUUCCCAGUCCCGGAAGUUCCCCUGAGGAGCCGCGGGACGCAGGCAGGGUGGCCACUGCAGCAGAUGCGGAUGUGCCUGACAAGAUGAAGAGCCGGAUACCCGUGGUGCUCCUGGCCUGUGGCUCCUUCAACCCCAUCACCAACAUGCACCUGCGCUUGUUUGAGGUGGCCAGAGACCACCUACACCAAACAGGAACGUACCAGGUGAUCGGGGGUAUCAUCUCUCCUGUCAGUGACAACUACAGGAAAAAAGACCUUGCAGCUGCCCACCACCGAGUGGCCAUGGUCCGGCUGGCCCUGCAGACGUCCGACUGGAUCCGGGUGGACCCCUGGGAGAGUGAGCAGGCGCAGUGGACGGAGACGGUGAAGGUGCUGAGGCAUCAUCACAGCGAACUACUCAGAUAUCUGCCCCAGGAGGAAGGUCGGGGCCAAGGCAGAGCUGUCUCCCCAGCACCCGCAGAUGAGCGAACUGAAGGUCUGAUGGAAGGUGGCCGCGGGCCAGGGACAAACCUAGCCCUCCAACCUCCCGCCCCCGCCCCCGCCCCCGCUAAGGAAGGAGGAGCGACGGCUACAAUGGAUCCUCCCGCGGGCUUUGUGCGAGCUUGGAAUCCAGCUGUCACCGCCCCACUUGAGGGCGCACAUUUCCGGGCUGCCCACCGGCCGGGUCGCUUCGGUAGCCGCUGCCCCGGCAGAGCCAAGAGCCGCCCCCGCCCGCUCGCGGCCGUCCGGCCCCAAUCGCCUCCCGAAAUGCCCGUCGACUUCACCGGGUACUGGAAGAUGCUGGCCAACGAGAAUUUCGAGGAGUACCUGCGCGCGCUCGAUGUCAAUGUGGCCUUGCGCAAAAUCGCCAACUUGCUGAAGCCAGACAAAGAGAUCGUGCAGGACGGCGACCAUAUGAUCAUCCGCACGCUGAGCACUUUUAGAAACUACAUCAUGGACUUCCAGGUUGGGAAGGAGUUUGAGGAGGAUCUGACGGGCAUAGAUGACCGCAAGUGCAUGACCACGGUGAGCUGGGAUGGGGACAAGCUCCAGUGUGUGCAGAAGGGUGAGAAGGAAGGACGCGGCUGGACCCAGUGGAUCGAGGGUGACGAGCUGCACCUGGAGAUGAGAGUGGAGGGUGUGGUCUGCAAGCAAGUGUUCAAGAAGGUGCACUGAAGCCAGGGCAGACCUCGGUCUCGGGGAGUGAGUGGCAUGGGCAUGCGGGCGGGGGUCCCCCCCCCCCCAGCUCUGCACAGCAUGGGGCAGAAACGUCCAGCCACCUCCAGGUAUCGGUUAGCAGUCUGUCUCUUGGCCUUGUCCCUUUCCCUUUUCUUAGAACAAAACCAUCCCAAUAAAAGUGCUCUCUGCUCAAGACAUC